AUGGUUGAAGAAGGAAUGGAAUCUCCACUUGGAAAUGGAACACAAUCAGGAGAAUUUGAAUUCGAGACAAAAGUCAAGGAUCCUGAAGUUAUGCCAUCUAGGAAAACAAAAACAAAGACAACAAAAAAGCCGAUAGAAACAACAACAACUCAAAGUUCGACAACAGAAAUACCAGAAGAAAAUACUAUUGAAGAAAGUACUGUAGCAGACGAUAAUUCGACUGAAAAUGCCACAUCCGAGGAAAUUGAUAGUUUGCUAUUGGAAGAAUCAGAAAAUGUGGUGAGUUCUGAUGUUAGAAAUAAAAUUUCGCUUGAGGAAAACUUUACCUUGAAAAAGUUGGUAUAAUUUUUCUAGGAAACUGAAAAAGAAACUUCUAUUGAAGUUUAUGAUGAUGAUAUUUGGGAUUAUAAUGAUAUGAAUAAACGGUUCAAAAAUAAGCCUGUGAAGUAUCAAAACCUCCACGGAAUUACGAAUGAACAACUUCGAAGUGUAGUUAUGGUUACAAAAAGAAGGAAAAGAGAAGUUUCAUCAAGUGAAGACAGUAAUCAAUCAGAUAUUGGAGAAGAUGAAGAUGGAGAUGCAUGGAAAACUGUGAGAUUUUUAAAAAUAUUAUUCAGAUAAUUCUGAUUGUGAAAAUAUUUUCAGCUGAAAACAAUAACAACUGCAAAUGGUGAUACAACAAUUACUGUAGUUGAAGAAAUAAAUCAUAUUCAUGGGGCAAAUGGAAGUAGUGCAAAAUCGUGGAUAAAAAUCGAUGCGACAGAUAUUAUUCGACCAACUCUUUUAUUAUAUUCCCCUGAAGCAAUACAUGCACUUGGUUUAAAAAUUAGUCCAAAAUUUUUCAAAAGAUAUGAAAAUGUUGGAUUAUAUCUCUCAACAAUUUGUUCAGAGUUCGUUCCAAAAGCAGUUGCUGCUUUUGAUGGAAAAGAUUUUAAAAGUUCUGGAAAUGAAUAUAAUAUUGGGUUGAAUGUGACAGAAUUGGAAUUGGAUGGAGUGAAUAUGACCGAAUUAGCUGAGAAAUUGAGAAAUGAUACUGAAGUUGAUGAAAUAUUAUUGAGAAUUAAUGGAUCUACAAAGUUAGUUAAAAAAAGAGAAGAUUCAUUUGAAAUGUCUCUUUUAGGAACGUUGGUGGAAGUUAUGUAAUACCAGUUUUGGAUAAAUUCAAAUAUGAUCCAUCAACAGCUCCAAUUGUAUUUCAAGGAAGUGCUGUAGAUGUUAGAUUUGGGAUUUAUAUCGAGAGUAUGAGUAAUUUUCAAACAUCUACUAUGGUAAUAUAGAACUUCAUCUUCAAAAUUUAUAAACAAAACAAAAUAUUUCAGGAUUACGAUAUGGAUAUUUAUUUGAUGAUGGCUUGGAGAGAUGUUAGGCUAAGACAUACUUAUGGUGGAACAAUUCUAUUGAAAGAAGAAGAAUUAUUAGAGAAAAUAUGGAGACCUGAUCCAUUUUUUGCGAAUGCUAAAGAAGCAGAAUUUCAUGAGGUCACUUUUUUGAAUUUUUUGAUGCGAAUUUUCAACGAUGGAUUGAUACUUUAUGAAACAAGAGUAAAAAUCAAACCAUCUUGCAAUUUGAUUCUUUGCAAAUAUCCGCACGAUAAACAAACUUGUGAUUUACUCAUCAAAUCUUGUAAGUUCUUCAAACUUAAUUUCGCUCCUAAUUCCUUUAUUUCAGUUGCAUAUCCAAUUGAAACAGUUCGUUUCGAAUGGUUCAGUCGAAGAGAUUAUGCAAUUGAUAAGAAUCCAGAUGUUAAAUUGCCUGAAUUAUAUAUCGAUCGAUAUGAAACACAGAAUUGUCCAAAUAAUCGGAAAUCUGGAGCGUUUUCGUGUCUUCGAGCAGUUUUCAGAUUGAAAAGAGAUGUUGGAUUUCAUAUUGCUCAAACUUAUAUUCCAACAUCAUUGGCUCUUAUGUUCUCAUGGGUAAGUCAGCAAAGCUAGAUAUAAACAUUAUUUCAAAAAUUAGGGGAACUUUAAUUUCGAAAAUCCCCCUUUUUUUGAAGUUCAGAAGUUUUGAGAUAAAUCCUGAUCUCAGCUUCUAUCUAAAAUAUUCUCAAAUUCUAGGUUGGUGUUUGGUUGCCAGAAGAAUUUAUGGAAGGUCGAAUUGGUGUCGCAAUUACAGUACUCCUAACUCUUUCAACAGAAUCAGCGGGUGCUCGAGAACAUCUUCCAAGUGUUUCAUAUCUCAAAGCAAUUGAUCUCUGGUUUGGUUUUAUAACCGGUUUUGUGUUUUUCACACUUCUUCAAACAUUAUUUGUAAUUGGUUUCGAUAAGCGAUCAGCUCAACUUCGAAAAUGGGCAGGGAAAAAAGGAGUUGAAAUGAAUGAAGAGACAAGAGAGGCACUUUUACAGAAAGCAACUAAAUAUCAUAAAACCGGAAGGUAUUUGGAUAAUUUUUGUCGAGUUUUUUAUCCGCUUAGUUUCAUUCUAUUUUUGUUCAUGUAUUAUUUUGUAUUCACAGAAGGUUCUCAAGAAGAUUGCAUGAAAAGAUAA